UGUAAAUUGUUAAAAUUUUCGCAAUCCAAGAAAAUCAUUGUACAAUAAGCAGUUUUUAUAAAUAUAUUGUUACAUCAGUCCCAGUAUAAACGUUUUUAACUGAUUGUCCCAAUUUCUUUUAUACAACCUAAACAAAAUAUUUAUAUUCAAAAUCUUUGAUUUAUACUUUUUACCGACACCGUGAAGACGUUUGCUAUUACGUAUAGAGUACAAUUGCACAACAUUUUUUCACUAUUUUUAUUUACUGAGCGUUAAAAUAUUUUCACUUUGCGCACUUUUGCAUUAUCGCGUAAUUUUUUCAGUAAUAAAAGUGCGAUAUUUUAGAAGCACUUACCACCCAUUAGUUGUAACAUUUUUCAACGCGAAAUAUAUAGUAAGGUAUACAGCAUGUGUUGAUGUAAAAAUUGAUAAGUCAGUCCUAUCAAAUGCAUUACAUAAUUAUAGUAUAGUCAAGGUCAUAUUCGAUAUAAUGAUUCGUAUCGGCUUCAGUGCGGUAUUUUGAGAACCUCGUCUGUAGAAGCAAAGUCAGUAUGAAAUUUUUUUUAAAAUAUACGAAAGGACACGUCACAUGUAUGCGUUUCUUAAUAGAGCGUAUAUUAAGUAAUUAACGCAAAAUAUGAAAUUAUCAACAAUCAUUACCGUUAUAAUCAAUCACGUGUACAUUUCGAGCAUUUUCAAACAUGCGUCGAGUCUAAAAUUCAAAGACUACAUACAACUCAAGAACACCAUGAACGACAACGAGUUCGAGGUAAUUAAUUUUCCGCCCGUUAAGUUAUCCAUCAAUUGUAGCUUAUUGAUAAACUUGUGCAUUUAUUUUCCAAAGGUGUCGCUUUUUAGCCGCUGCUUUUCCAAAGAUCGGGAAAGAAUAGUCAUAAUAGGGAACUACAGCAUUUUCCGACCGAACUCGUACCAUCGAUCAACCGUUUCAAAGGACAUCGUUGUGCUCGAAAUCAAGAAAAACGAAAGCUUAAAGGAUUACAAUACGAAAGUAAAAUACUACACGCUGCACAACAGCAGCAUGUCCAACUCGCUGCCGGCUCACAACUUCGUCGUGGCUGAAUUCAAAUUUCACCAUUUCAAGCUCGCUGUGAUCAAGUUGCAACGUUCCAUUUGGUGGAACGCCGGUGGAUUCUUUCUGAUCAAAAAUACGCUGAUUUUCGACGGUUGCAAAAACGCCCCCGCUAUUCUGGACUUCAUGUGGAGGCUUAAUGUUCUCUCGACGGUGUACGUCUGUCGCGACGAAAAUUAUAAGCUGACUUUUUACACUUACAAUCCUUACAACAGCAGAGCUCCGAAAUACUGGUCGAGAGUUGGAAGGUACUCGAAAAACGGCGAACGUCCGAUAACUCUGUUGAAAAACUCUCGGGAUUACCCAGAUUUCAUGCCAGCUUGCGACGUGCUGAACUUUGACAAAACGAUGAGCCUCGAAAGGUAUCCUGUGAAGCUCUGUCGCUCCGCGAGGCACAACAACACGAAGCUUGCCGUUUCGAUCUACGAAAAAUUCUCACACGACAUCUGGGACCACUUGAAAGCGAGCAAACAGAUCUUUGAGGUUCCCGACGACUCGAUCGGUACCAUAACCGAAGGCGUCGCAAACGGCACCAUAAGCGACACCCUCGAGGGUAAAUACGACAUGCUAAUGAUCGACGAUUACGAGAGAGAAGCUUGGAGGAACACUCUCAACACGUUCAUAGUGUCCGGCAUGUGUUACGUGACGGAGAAGAGAAUAAAACCGAUCAUACACCGGCUGAUCGGUUCGUUAUCCAUGGGUCUCUGGCUGUCGCUUUUGGCCUUUAUCUUAUCGACGGCCACAGCCUUCACUCUGAUGCUGAAGCACAGCUUUACGGAGAACGUGAUCAACAUCAUCCGAGCAGUCGUGGGGACGUCGAUGCUGAACGAGCCGAGGCGCUGGUACCGCAAGGUCGUUUUCAUCUGGCUCAUAUUCACCUUCAUGAUCGUCAACUACUACCUGCAGAGCCAGAUGAACGCGAUCCUCACGGAAUUGGAGAGAUACUUCGACCACAUCGAAAGCUACGAAAGCUUGAGCGGCCACAAGUACGAGAUCUACAGCAGCGAGUACUUCAGGCAGUACUUUUACAACUGGGAUUUCGGCAAACGGAUCCAAAGCGUCGACAGCGUGUCACACUGCCUGAAACUGAUGUGCGACAACAGGGUCGUCUGCAUCGACGACUGCGUCGAGAUGAAGUUCAAAGUGAGGGAAAGUUUGAAUUACCACAUCUCGCGGGACGUCGGCUUCAACAGGUACAACGUUCUGCUGUUCAGGGACGAUUUUCCCCUGCAAACCCGUGUCGCCACGCUGUACCGAAGGUUGUUCCAAAGCGGAGUGGUUUCGGCUUAUCAAGUCCAGCAGUCGUGGUAUUUUCUCAAGGAGAGGAUUGCCCAAACGUACAAGUGGAUGCCUCUGAACAAAUUCGAGUUUCCUUUUUACUUUCUGCUUUACGCUCACGCCUUCGCGCUUCUCGUGUUCACCGCGGAAUUGCUUUUAACGAUUGAUUACACACGGUUUACAGGACUGUUUUUUGAAAAAUCAACGAAUGUACGUAUUUGACUUGGUUUAAUAAACUACAGCUUUUACCAAAUACG